AUGGAGAAACUAAACACUGAAGAUGGCCAGCUCUUCAUUAAGAAUCUGGCCAGCUUUGUCCGUACUCAUGAAAAGGCCCUCGCCAACGCCUUGCAAAUGAAGCGUCAAUCUUCCAAGACAUCCGACUCUUCCACUCGUUCCGCCACCUCUUCCACUCUGGCUGCUGCGUUUUCCUUAGGCACUCUGAGUUUCACAUCCCACAACAUUAAGCCUGCAAAACUCACGCUGACUGGCCACCAUCUUUUCUAUCUAUUAUCCCGGUUUGAGGAUAUUUCUAUUCCCGUUGGUCCUAUGAACAUUCGCUUGGAAAACAUCAAUACAGAGGCUUCGUCCGCAUAUGUGUCUUUCUUGAGCAAGCCACGUCGCUCCGCUGGAGACAGAGACUCUAUCCAUUCGGUAUCCAGUGUGCGUAGUGUCAUGUCCAGUAUGAGCUCGCUCUGGUCCUCAUUUGGCCUCGGAUCUAAAGACCCCGUCUCCAAGUCGGAAAAGGCCAAACUCGCCAUUGAGAAUGACCUGAAAUAUUUGUAUUCUGCGUUCACUAAAAUCCCGUUUUUGAGGCUUUCCCCGGAUCACAGAGCUCGUCUUAUUCAUGGAUACGAGGAGUUCCCCUUUGACACUGCUGUCCCACUCUAUUCGUUUAAAAACCUCAGUGCUCUGGAGAUUAUCGAUGUAGAUUUCCGCUCCUUUUGUGGUUGGGAUCGCUUAGCUGAACAGUUAAGAUCCCUUACUCUCAAGCGUGCCAGUAUUGAUGAUCCUGCGGACCUCUUGACCGGGAUCGUUUUGGAUGACCUUGACAAGCGGAGACGGAGAUCCUCUAAAUAUCAAUCAUCCCCAGUUCUUACUUCUCCUAACGGGCAGGCAUCCAAUAAAUCGGAGCUGGCAAAAUCCAUUUCAACACCUGGGUCGCCAGUGGCAGAUCUGAGCUCCAGCCCAAGCUCCAGCCCGAAGGCCAGCACCUCGAUGACCAGGGGGUUCGCUGAAGGUGGGAGAAGACUUGCCCGGACAGAAAGCAUUUCGCCCACGCGGCCCAAUAGUUCAAAACAGCAGUCUCGUCGCAGAGGAACAACUUCCAAAGUAAAGAGAUCUGGAUCUGGGAGUUCCAAUUCUAGUGACGCCUCAUCCCACUACAGGACUAGAAGCAUGUCUAAUUUAUUGGCUGCUGGCAUUCUUCCCCCAUCCAAAUGGCGAUUCCUCCGCCACCUUAGCUUGACAGACAACUCGAUGACAAGUGUCAGCGCUGCCAGUCUUGCUCCUGUUGCUAAUACUCUCCAUUCGUUGGAUUUGUCCUGGAAUCUUUUCACCGAGAUCCCAGAUAGCCUUGCAUCCUUGACAGCUAUGAGGUCUUUAAACCUAUCUCACUGUAUGAUAGACUCUCUCCAUUCUCUUUCUAGGAACCCGCUCCCUGCCAUCACUGCGCUUAAUCUCAGAGGAAACCGUCUCCGAUCCCUCGCAGGCAUCGAACGAUUAUUGUCUUUGGAGCGCCUUGAUUUGCGAGACAACGAACUCAGUGAUCCCUCUGAAAUUGCCAGAUUAACUGGCAUACCGUAUCUACGUGAGAUCUGGGUCUCUGGGAAUCCCUUCACCAAAACAUUUUCUGAAUACAGGGUUUCCAUAUUCAAUCUAUUCAGACAAACGCCAGGAUUCUCUGAGGACAUUAUCAUUGAUACCACCGGUCCUGGAUAUACAGAACGGAAACAACUUGUCGCUCGUGUUGCAGAACCGGAAGGAGCCCCCGUUGUUCGACACUCUGGACCAGGCGAUGAUCCUGCGGAUGAGACCCAAGAUAUUCCGCUUACCACAUCGUCAGCAGCUGCGAUUCGUGCAGGUACAUCAGGGUCCGUCGCUGCAGCUCACGCGGAACAGGCAAUAAGCUCUACCAGGCGGAAAAAAAGUUACAGACGAAAAAUCGUCGAGCUUUCCGACGAUAAUCCUUUUCAUAUGGCGGCCGAUGGCGCUAAAGCCGUUAAUACUGUUUUCCCACAACCUAUUCCCGAACACCCUGUUACAAACCCCGCAUCUACGACUGAGCAACUUAAAAGUCCAUACAAGAUAUCGGCCAAAAUCCCCAAUGCCAAACAACCUCAGAGAACCACAAUCACUACUUUCACCACCCCCAAAGAAUCGCAAUGUAAUCCUAUCUUUGAGUCCACAAAGAGACCCAAUUUACUCCCUGCUAUUCAAAGUCUUGACUGGAGCGCCAACGGGGACUCGUAUCGUCAACGACUCGAAGCAUUGAAACACGAAGUUGGAACCAACUGGUUGACAGUGCUAGGCGAUGAAUCAUGGGACACUUCACAAAAUGACAUCAAUUCUCAUACAGUUGUUGGUUCGGAAUACAGCCCUGUUGGGCCACUUCGACCCUCGCUCAUCCCCAGGACUAGUAGCCAGGCCAUCGCCACUGGAGGUCGAACGGUAGGCUAA